AUGGAGAUCGUGUAUGUGUAUGUCAAGAAGCGCAGUGAGUUCGGGAAGCCAUGUGACUUCUCCGACCGCCAGGCCGAGCUCAACAUCGACAUCCCGCCCGACCCCGAGCUGGCUGGGCAGUUCGUGGAGCGGAACCCUGUGGACACUGGUGUCCAGUGCUCGACCAGCAUGUCCGAACACGAGGUCAACACAGAGCGAUUUGAGAUGGAGAGUCGAGGGGUGAACCACGUCGAGGGGGGCUGGCCCAAGGAUGUGAACCCCCUGGAGCUGGAGCAGACGAUCCGCUUCCGGAAGAAAGUGGAAAAGGACGAGAACUACAUCAACACCGUCAUGCAGCUCGGCUUGAUCAUGGAGCACUGCAUCAAGCAGAACAAUGCCAUUGACAUCUACGAGGAGUAUUUCAACGAUGAAGAAGAGAUGGAGGUGACGGAAGAGGCCCCUUCAGCGAAAACCAUCAAUGUUUUCAGGGAUCCCCAGGAAAUCAAGCGGACAGCCACGCAUCUCUCCUGGCACCCCGAUGGCAACAGAAAAUUGGCAGUGGCAUAUUCUUGCUUGGAUUUUCAGCGGGCACCUGUGGGCAUGAGCCAUGACUCAUACAUCUGGGACCUGGAAAACCCCAACAAGCCUGAAAUUACUCUGAAGCCAUCUUCUCCACUUGUCACCUUGGAGUAUAACCCCAAAGAUUCCCACGUGCUCCUGGGGGGCUGCUACAACGGGCAGAUAGCCUGCUGGGACACCCGGAAGGGCAGCCUGGUGGCAGAGCUGUCCACCAUCGAGUUCAGCCACCGAGACCCCGUGUACGGCACCAUCUGGCUGCAGUCAAAGACAGGCACUGAGUGCUUCUCGGCAUCCACAGACGGGCAGGUCAUGUGGUGGGACAUCCGAAAGAUAAGCGAGCCCACUGAGGUCGUGAUUAUGGACAUCACCAGAAAGGAGCAGUUGGAAAAUGCCCUGGGGGCCAUUUCCCUGGAGUUCGAGUCUACUUUGCCAACCAAGUUCAUGGUGGGCACCGAGCAGGGCAUUGUCAUCUCCUGCAACCGCAAGGCCAAGACACCUGCAGAGAAGAUAGUGUGUACCUUCUCAGGCCACCAUGGCCCCAUCUACGCCCUCCAGAGAAACCCCUUCUACCCGAAGAACUUCCUGACUGUGGGCGACUGGACAGCGCGCAUCUGGUCUGAAGACAGCCGGGAGUCAUCCAUCAUGUGGACCAAGUACCACAUGGCUUACCUCACCGAUGGUGCCUGGAGCCCAGUGAGGCCAUCAGUUUUCUUCACCACCAAGAUGGACGGAACCCUGGACAUCUGGGACUUUGUGUUCAAGCAGUGUGACCCCGCCCUCAGCCUGAAGGUGUGUGACGAGGCCCUCUUCUGCCUCCGGGUGCAGGACAAUGGCUGUCUCAUCGCCUGUGGCUCCCAGCUGGGGACAACCACCCUGCUGGAGGUCUCACAUGGGCUGUCCACCCUCCAGAGAAAUGAGAAGAACAUAGCUUCUUCCAUAUUUGAGCGUGAGACCCGGCGGGAGAAGAUCCUGGAGGCGAGACACCGAGAGAUGCGGCUGAAGGAAAAAGGCAAGGCGGAGGGCAAGGACGACGACCAGAGGGACGAGGAGCUGGCCGUAAACCUGGACCAGCUGGUCGGCAAGGCCGAGGAGGAGUUCUUUGACAUCAUCUUCACGGAGUUGAAAAAGAAGGAGGCGGACGCCAUGAAGAAGCAGCCGGUAGGGCCCCAGCAGGGCGCACGUGGGAGCCGUGGCACCUGGGUUCUGCUUGUGGCCUCCUGGGUGACCUCAAGCAAGCAGCCUUCACGGCUGGGCCUUGUCCCUGCAGCAAGUGGGAGGAACCGCUCCCUUCCUCCUGAGGAAUCCUGUCUGCAGCCGGACGGCAGGCUCCUGGAGGGCAGGGGCCACGCUCCGUGCCUCCUGGCACUGUCCCCUCCCCUCCAUGGUAGGCACAUCCUGACUGUGCUUGUGGAUGGAAUGAAUGAGGGUCCUGGGGGUAGGUGA